AUGAGUGAUAGUGUUUACUUUAGCGAAAGAACAAAAACCUAUGAUAUUCCUAUAUCACAUUUGGACUUUAAAUAUCUUGAUUCUUGCAAUGACCCAUAUGAAUUGGAGAAAAUAUUGAAAACUUUGAGGUCUGGUGAAGUCGGACGUUAUGCUGAACUUGAAUCAUUUUGUGAAGAAAAGGUCAAAAAGUUACAUCCAAACAGCCGAGUAUUACGGAAAGCGAUAGAACCAAUAAAAAUCACACAGUUGGAUAAAGAAGAAAGACAACAAAUUGAAGAAGAUUUUCAGAUUUGGCUUAAUGAAGUAAAGACGUUCAAUGAAGAAAUUGAUGACGAUGAUCAGAAUUCAGAAAUUGAUUAUUAUUUAUUGAAAAGAUCAAAAAAGAAAUCACUUCCAGGAAAACAAUUCGAAACGAAUGAUGAAGAAUUAGAAGAAAAAUGUUUGAAAUAUGACAAUGAAGAUUUACCACCUAUUCGAAAAUCUAUUAUAUUUAGUGAUAAUAAACAAUUAGCAACACAAUUAAAUUCAAAAGGGGAUUAUACAUUUGGCAAAAGAGUUUUGAAACCAAAAGACUAUAGUGAAUGGGAUAAAUUAGCAAAAGAAUGGGAUAAAGAAUUAACUGAAGAUAAUCAACCAAAUAGUAAAUUUGAAAAAGGUGAUAAAAUGAAUUUGUCAGAAAUGGAAACCUAUGGAUUAAGAAAACUUGAUUAUAAAGAAUUGAAAUUAAGACUAGUUAAUAUGCCAAUUCAAACAAGAAAAAAAUUAGCUGAACGAGAAAAAGAAAAAGGGAAUGAAUCCUUUAAAUCAGGUGAUUAUGCUGAUGCAAUGAACUAUUAUAAACGAAGUCUUAUUAUGCAUAAAACUAAUGCUGUUUACAAUAAUCGUGCUUUAAUAUAUUUACGACAAAAACAGUGGAAACAAGCAGUGAAUGAUUGUACUAAAGUUUUAAAAACUGAACCAGAUAAUUUAAAAGCAUUAUUUAGACGAAGUCAAGCAAAUUUCGAAUUAGAUAAUUUAGAACAAGCUGAAAAGGACUUAAAUAGACUGACCGAUCAAGAUCCAACAAAUUUUAAAGCUCAAAAUUUAUUACGAAAUGUGAAAAUUGCAAUAUCAAAACGUCAAGAAUCCCAUUUGAAAGGAUCUAGACGUAUGAUCAUAACUGAUAUUGGUGAUUCUUCGGAUGAUGAUGAUGAGAGUGAUGAAAAUGUCGAAGAAAAUGAAUAUCAGCAUCAGGAACAACAACAACAACUCAUACAAGGACAAGAAAUUGUGACAGUGAAUACUAAUAAAAUGGAGCUUUCAAGAAACCAUCUAGAUCAAAUUCAACAUCAUAAUAAUGAUAUUGAUUGUGAAAAACAUUAUUUCAACAUUGAGAUAAACAAAAAUGAUAAUAUUCAAUUGACUGACAAAUCUACUAUUGAUAUUACUAAACAAGAAUCUAGCUUAAAUGUUUGUUAUAACUCCAAAGUUGAUACAAAUAAUAAUGAAGAUAUAACAACUACAUUUGAUAAUGGAGAUAUGUAUUGUCAAUCUGAAGUUAAUGACCAUUUAGAACAUGAUGAAGUGUCCAUUAAUUCUAAGAGUACAUAUUCUAUCGUUGAUUAUGAAGAGUUAAAACAAAAAGGAAAUGAAUCCUUUAAAAAGGGAAAUAUGAAAUUGGCUUUAAUAUAUUUCAAUAAAUGUAUUGAACUUUGUUUAAAGUACAAUUUAAAUCAUGACAAACGUUUAGCUGUUAUUUAUCGUAAUCGUUCAUUGAUUUAUUUACAAUUGAAUGAAUAUCAAUUAGCAUGUAAUGAUUGUACAUCAGCUUUAUCGAUUGAAUCUAAUUGUCCGAUUGCAUUGUAUCGUAGAGCAUUAGCAUUAAAGUUUCUAGGUGAUCAUUCAGGAUGUUUAAAAGAUUUACAGAAAGCAUAUAAUUUAAAUCCAAAUAAUAAUAGAAUUAUUGAAGAAUUGAAGAAAAUGCAGAAUACUUUGGUACAGACGGAUAACAUGAACACUGAUAUACUAAUUAAUAAAUCUCAAACAGUAAUAACUACUAGUACAAUCAGUACUACAUCAGAUCUUGAAAUAAUUGAAUUACCAAAUGUUGACAGUGAAAAAGAAGAUCAUAUUCAUGAUGACAAUAUUAAUGAUGACGACGAUGACGACAACAACAACGACAAUAACAAUAGUGAAAUACUAGAAGUGGAAGCAGAAGAAGAGAAUGAUGAAAGUUAUGAUAAACUCUUAUCUAUACAAUGUAAUAAUAUGAAUCCAUCAUGUCAUAUUUCUACUAAUCUAAAUGAUUUCUCUAAAUUUCAACCAGCUAAUUCAAAUAUUAUGACUAAAUCAAUUGAUAAUGAAUGGGAAGAAGUGAAUCUUAUCAAUAAAGAAGAUACAAAGAUUGUUAAUACAAGUAGCAUAAAUUCGACUAUUGAUAAUAGAUGGAAGUUAGAUAAACCAAUAACAAACUCACAUGAAUUUCAAAAUUGUUGGAUAAAUAUUCAACAUUUAAAACGAUCAAAUUAUACAAACGCUAUUAAUCAAAUUAUAACACUAUUAAAUAAUAUAUUACCUGAACAAUUACCAAAAUUAAUUGGAAUUCGAAUGGAAGCUGAGAUGUUAGAUGAUUUAUUGAAUGCAAUCAAUGUAUCAAUGAAUACUAAAAACAAUAAUAGUCUGUGGAUUUACAAUAUUUUAAUCCAAUUGAGUAAAACAGCACGAUUUGAUUGUGCCUUAUUCUUGAUAAGUGAUGGCACAAAAGAAGCUAUAAAAUGUAUAAUCGAUAGAUUACACCAUCGGUAUCAACAACAAUCUAGUGAAUUGA